AUGAGACGAGGUCGAUCAGCAGCCGGUUCACGUCGUGGUCCGGGACGACCACGGAAACAACCCAUUGAGGCUGAGAAACCAGAGCCAGUGACUCAGGAGGCAGAUUGUUCUAGGGAUCCAACUGAUGUUGAGACGGUUAGUCGAGGACAGACCCAUCAGACUCCUUAUAGAGAUCAGGGACGUCAGCCUCAGGAGAUCCCUUCGGUAGUACCACUUGUAAGAGAUCAGGGAUUUCAGACACAGGGAAUUCCUUCUGUGAUACCAUCAGGGGUACCUGCACCUGCUACUACAGAUUGGAUGCGGGAUAGAGCUCGUAUUCCAUUGCUGGCAAGGUCCGUCAAGGAUAGAGUUACUUUAUUCUCGGGCGGAGCUGACCCUUGGGUUGCUUGUAGUUGGUUGAGGAAUUUAGAAAGCACUUUUGGGUACAUGAGCUGUACAGAUGAAGAGAAGGUGGAAUUGGCUGUGUAUCACCUCCGAGAUCAGGCGGUCACAUGGUGGGAUAUGCAGAAGACGAUCUUCGGGGAGCAACACAUCACAUGGAUGAUGUUUCGUGAUGCCUUCGAGAGAGAGUACUUUCUUGCUACUUUUUGUCUUGCUCGCCGCCAGGAGUUUCUGAAUCUCAAGAAGGGCGAUCGUUCAGUUUUGGAGUACAAUGCAGAGUUCAGUAGAUUGGCAGAAUUUUGUCCUCAGCUAGUGGCACAGGAUUACGACUCGAUGCAUCAGUUUACUCAGGGCCUUGCUGCAUACAUUCGGAUUCGGAUGUCAGAUUUUCCGAGUAGCUCCUACCGAGAAGUUUUGGACCGUGCACUAUUUAUCGAGAUGACGCAGCAGCAGGUUGCUCUAGAGAAAGGUAAUGAAAAACAGCUAUCUCAGAAGAGAGGAAAUAGGAGUCAGGGUUCUCGGGCUCCGUCCGGAGGAUCUUCUCGGCCUCAGAAGACAGGGCAAACAACGGAUGGAGGUUCUCGACCCUCUCGUGGUGACUGGAAGGACUUUGGGGGAAUCACAUGUUUUCAGUGUGGUUCCAAGAGUCAUGCCAGGAGCAACUGCCCGUUGGAUCAUGCUAUAUGUUUAUACUGUAAACUUCCAGGCCAUGAGAGUCGAAAUUGUACCUUGAAAGCACAAUUGGAGGCUCCUAAAGUCCCAUCUCAGGGGGAACAACCCUCACAGUCACGACCACAGAGAAGAUAUCAGAAGACUCAGAGUGCUCCACUGUCUUCUCAUCAGGCAUUUCCAGCACAGCAGGAUUUUCAUCCACAUCAGCCUUACUCAACAUAUCAGCAGCAACCUCAGACUCAGUAUCAGCAGCCAGUUUCUGCACCUCCGAUUCCAGCGCAGACCACUCCAGGGAUGCCACAGCCGAGCUCAGAGGUAAUAGAGAUGGUGGAAUUUGAUAUUAUAUUAGGCAUGGAUUGGUUGGCCAUGAACCAUGCCACAGUUGAUUGCGGAGCUAGAGUAGUCACUUUCCGACCUCCCGGUCUACCAUCUUGGGUAUUCUUUGGAACCAGAAGUGAUGGGAUAGCAGUCAUAUCAGCAAUGCAAGCGAGGAGAUUGUUGGCACAGGGUUGUCAGGGAUAUUUGUUGUCCAUGGUUAAAGCUGGUUCGGAUGCAUUACCACAGAUCUCAGAUGUUUCUAUCGUUCAAGAAUUUCCAGAUGUGUUCCCUGACGAACUCCCCGGUUUGCCUCCUAAAAGGCAAGUCGAGUUUACGAUUGAGUUGGUUUCGGGUACUGCGCCGGUAUCCAAGACUCAUUAUCGUAUGGCACCAAAAGAAUUAGAGGAGUUGAAGGUUCAGUUGCAGGAGCUGUUGGACAGAGGAUUCAUCUGUCCCAGUGUAUCCCCGUGGGGAGCCCCAAUACUCUUCGUUAAGAAGAAUGAUGGAUCACUGAGAUUAUGUAUAGAUCACCGACAGUUGAAUGCGAUGACUAUUAAGAACAAAUACCCAUUACCUCAUAUAAAAGAUUUAUUUGAUCAGCUGAAGGAUACCUGUGUAUAUUCUAAGAUUGAUUUACGCUCGGGUUAUCAUCAGCUCAGGGUUGGAGAUGCAGAUAUUCCGAAGACAGCAUUUCGCACUCGUUAUGGUCACUACGAGUUCUUGUUCGUUAUUGUGUUCAUCGACGAUAUUCUGAUAUAUUCCCGAUCUGAGGAGGAACACAGGCGACAUCUUCGCAUAGUUUUGGAGACGCUACGGCGAGAACACUUCUAUGCGAAGUUUAGUAAAUGCGGCUUUUGGCUACCUUCGGUGGGUUUUCUUGGACACGUUGUCUCCAACAGAGGUAUAUCUGUAGAUCCACAGAAGAUUGAGGCCAUCACUAGUUGGGAGCAGCCGAAGACAGUACAGGAGAUUCGUAGCUUCUUGGGAUUAGCUGGGUAUUAUCGGAGAUUUGUUGAGGGCUUUUCCAGCAUAACCUUGCCAUUGACACGAUUGACCCGGAAGGGAGAGAAGUUUAGCUGGACAGAAUCUUGUGAGCAGAGCUUCCAGAAGCUCAAGCGGAGGCUUGUUACUGCACCAGUGUUAGUACUUCCCUCUGGCAUGGAUGGAUUUGUACUUUUCACGGAUGCAUCAUAUCAGGGAUUGGGUGUCAAGGAACUGAAUCUGCGUCAGAGAAGAUGGAUGGAAUUCUUGAAAGACUAUGAUUGCACGAUUAACUAUCACCCGGGGAAAGCCAACGUGGUGGCCGAUGCGUUGAGCAGGAAAUCCCGUGGAGUUUUGGCUUGUCACCGAGUGAUGGUUACAGAGUUGAUACAGAGCUUCUCUGAGUUGGGGUUGAUGAAGCAAGCACAGAUAGAGCGAGGCUUGCUAGUCACCAUGGUUGCUCAGUCAUCUAUAGUGGAGCGUAUCAAAGAGGCUCAGGCUACAGAUCAGCAUCUGCAGUUUUUACGUAGCAGAGUUACCUCAGGACAGCAGACAGAGUUUACCUGUGAUGAUAGUGGAAUUCUGUAUUUCCGCGGCAGAUUAUGUGUCCCUGAGUCACAUCCUGUCCAGGAGGACUUACUACGGGAAGCACAUCGAUCUAGAUUUGCGAUUCAUCCAGGAGGUACUCGCAUGUACAGGGAUCUGAGACGAUCAUACUGGUGGAAUGGUAUGAAGAAGGAUAUUGCGACAUUUGUGGCGCAGUGUUUAGUUUAUCAGCAGAUUAAGGCAGAGCAUCAGAGACCAGCUAGGUUACUGCAGAAGAUAGAAAUACCGGAAUGGAAAUGGGAGCAUAUCACGAUGGACUUUGUGGUAGGACUACCCCGGACCCGGAAGGGUCAUGAUGCGAUUUGGAUAGAGAUCCACGAUUUACCUCUCGAUUUUGGCGGAGUCCAGCAGGCCAUGGGUACGGAACUCCGUUUUAGUACUGCAUUUCACCCUCAGACGGAUGGGCAGUCGGAGCUUACCACUCGACGAUUCAGAUGGCACCAUUCGAGGCAUUAUAUGGCAGAGCAUGUAGAUCUUCUACUUUAUGGGACGAGGCUGGAGAAUCGUCAGUCUUGGGCCCCCAGCGUAUUCAGCGAGAUGCAGAGUUAG